GUUCUAUGGCAGGCUAAGUGCAAUGGGAAAACAUAAUCCUGGACGUCUUGCUGCAAUAGUGGUGUCUGUUGUCAGUUUUGUGAUAAGCUUGGUGUUCAAUGGGCUGUCUGUAGUUGGAAUUGGUCCUUAUGAUACUACUACAGCCAAUGUGUCUGCUGUGUUUGACACCCAGCUCACGCCUUCAGGAUGGACUUUUAACAUCUGGAGUGUCAUCUACAUCUGGCUGACAGCAAUGAUUAUCUACAUCCUCACAGGACUUUGCAGAAAGAAUGGUUAUGGCUACGUUUACUGCAGCCCUGCAGUGUUGCCUUAUGGGUUCUUCAUUAGCUGGUGCCUCAAUCUGUGUUUCAACAUCGGUUGGCUGCUUGUUUGGGACAAAAGAGUGAUGAUUGCCGCACUGGUUUUUCUCUUCCUUGUCAUCUGCACAAACUACUCCAUGAUAUGCUUUACCUGCCACGGACUUCAUAUUUAUGGAGCCUGGCUCCAGAAAUAUCACAGAAAAGAGCUUUGGCUCCUCCGUGUGCUGGUUCAGAAUGGUGUGAUGAUAUACACAACAUGGACAACCAUUGCAACACUAAUCAACCUGACCAUUGUCCUGACUUAUGAUGCAAAAGUGUCCCCAACAGAUGCUGCCACCAUCUCAUACUCUAUUCUGGCUGUUGUGUUGCUCGUGUGGUUUGUUUUGGAAAACUUCAUCCUUGACAAACACAUGCGGUACAUCCUCAUCACCUACCCUGUUCUGAUCUUUGCGCUGUGUGGGAACCUGGACAAAAACUUUGAUGCUCAAUCACCCAGCCGCAGCGGCAUCUUCAUCGUUGUGCUGCUGGCCUUAGCGUCGGUGCUGUUUGUCAUUCGGAUUGUUUUGGUGGUUUGGAGACAUGUCAAACAGCCACUCUACACAGACGUCAGUCCUGAAGCCAUGGAACCGACAGAGAUUGCCAAGAAGCAGAAAAAGAUAUUUCGUUAAACACUUUUAACACACCAACACUUGAUGUAAUGUAUUAUACAAAACAGUUCUGCACUUGUUUGGCAUUGCUUUGUUGAUGAUUAUGGGGACAUUUUUUCAUUUUGUAACUUUUAGUAAAUGUUCUGAUCACACACAGUAUGAUUUAAAAUGCCCUCUGGCAUAAUUUGCAUAGUUAAGUCAUGUAAUUUGCAAUACUGUUUUCAACUUUGGCUGACUGAUCUAUGAACCUUUUAUGGCUCUUUUCCAUACAUUAAAUGCUAACACAACUCAUUAGAAUCUGAUAAGGAGACUAUUUUCAACACUACACAGAGGUUCAACACUGAUCACACUUAACAGUAUAGACUGUAUGUGGUAAACCUUUCCCCGGAGUUUACAGUAUGUUUGUUUUGUAUCAAAUGCUAACUUAUAUUCCAAUGCUAAAUGCAGU